AUGGCUGCUGAUCCCAACACAGACCCCGUCGACAGCGCUUUGGACAAGCUCAAGCCCAUCAUGUCCCAAUUGUCCUUUGGAUCCGUCCUUGGUUACUGCAGCGGUAUGGCUCUCAAAAAGCUGGGCAAGGCUGCUGCCUUUGUGGUUGGAGUUGGAUUUAUCGGAGUCCAAUCAGCAGUCCGUGCGGGAUAUGUCAAGGUCAACUGGACCAAGAUUAAGGAUGAUGCUAUUUCGCCUCUUGAUACUACUGGAGAUGGAAAGGUUGAUAUGGAUGACGUGAAGGGAUGGUGGAAGAAGCUACGGGUAAUCCUGACCAAUGAAUUGCCUGGUGCUGGAGGAUUCAGCUUGGGAUUCAUUACUGGUGUCCGAUAUGGAUAA